AUGCCAGAAUUAACGUUAAACAUACCUUUUCAAACGUCGAGACAAGCGACAAUAGCCAAAAAUUCGUUAAGACCAGACCCUGUGUUGAAAACAAGCGAAUUAAAGAUUGAUUACGACGUGGAGGAGAAUGUUCUCCGAUGCAAAUUCUCAGGAAUAAGUGAUAGAGUUAUACGAGUGUCUAUAAGUAAUGUGUUGGACAACCUUAAAACUGUUAUUGAAUGUAUUGAUGAGUUUGAAGGUAAGGAAGAUAGUCUAUGGGAAUUAGAUGGGGUGCAAAUGAAUGGGUAG